AUGUCAAACUUGCUGGUAACUUCGCUUCUUCUCCUGCUAUACAUAGAUUUCUCUCUCGCUGAUCCCUGGUCGUAUAAAGGUUGCUAUUCUGCCUCGAGCAUAGAAUCUCUAGAUGUCUCCUCGCAAGGAUAUUACACUUAUCAGAGUCCCUCGUAUUGUGAAGGUCUGUGUCCCGACUCUGCCUUCGUCGGUUUGGUAAACGGUACUACCUGUUACUGUGGUUCUUCGUUAACCGAAUUGAAUUCCCUUAGUGCAGGAGACUCUUCUAAUUGUGACACCGCCUGUGAUGGCUGGCCAUACCAGACUUGUGGUGGUUCAUCCUACAUGGACGUUUACAUUAAUGAUGCAGCCUCCUCCUCUUCUUCCGCUGCUGCUGCUGUCUCCUCCUCAACUACAUCUUCUUCUACGACGGAGUCUUCCACAUCAUCGCCGAAGACAGCCACUGACACUGAUUCAAGAAGCUCGGCCUCCAGUACUAGUUCGAGUAGCAAAACUUCCUCGAGUACGUCUACCGGGUCGUCUUCCAAAAGCAGUUCAUCCUCAACUGCAAUAACUCAAAGUUCCAGUGGCUCCUCCUCUUCUUCUUCCUCCACAGCUAUAAUAACUUCAGUGCAGUACACAACAGAAAUCGUAUCUGCAUCUAUAGUGUCGCAAGCAAAUCAAGCUGCUAACACAGUCUACGUCACAACAACGUCCGUAAUACAAACUACCAGUUCAUUACCAACCUCAAAUAGAUCAAUCUCUUCAAAGAAAGGGCUAUCCGGAGGUGCAAUUGCUGGUAUAGUCGUCGGAGUUAUCGUCGGUGUAUUGAUUCUAAUAGCUUUAUUAGUACUAUUUUAUUUCCUACAUAAACGUGAUAAAAAUCGUGACAAUUUCGAAGAAUCAAAACAAUACCAACCAUAUUCCUUUGGUGACGAACAUGCUACUCCGGUUAUUGUAUCGCCAAACAGAAAACCUUCAUCUUCCACAAUACAUUCAAAUUGGAUAAAUCAAUCGAGAUCAGCAACAGUAACGUCAAAUUUAAAAUCUAAGAAAUCAUACCAGACUUUAGUUUCAGAAUCAAGCUCCAGUUCAUUAAAUAAUCCAAAUAUUAGAAACUUUACCGAUGUACAAAGACAUAAUCAUCCAUCUACCGUCUUUGAAGAACCAGCUUUUGAAAUCUAUAACGAAUAUAAUCACGAUGACGAUAAUAAUGGAAAUGAUAGAUUCAGUAAUAGCUCCUUACCAGAUAUGAUGGAACAGAGACAAUUGAGAGUCGUCAAUCCUGAAGAUGAAGAUGAUGGCGAUGAUAACGAACUUGAUGGAGACUACUAUACUGCCAUACGAAAGAAGAUCGAUAAUGUUGGGGGAGAUUUGUCAGUGUCUUCAGACGAUCCCACUUAUAACGGGGACGAAACGAAAUUUUAA